ACGGCAGGAAAAAAAAAAAAAAAAAAAAAAACCCGUCAAACUUAAAAUUUCGAAACAAACCGCCAUAAAACUUACGGAAGCCAAAUUUUGUCGAAUUUUCAGUAUUUCUUUCUCCUCCCGCCAAACUCCUCAAAAUUCAGAAAUUCCUCCCUUCUCUCUCCUCACUUCAAAUCCUCAUUAUCUUGUCAACACUGCGAAAUUCCCAGAUCUAUCAAACUUCCGGAUUCAAAAUCAAGGUUGGCAAUCGAUUCCCCAAUUUCCUGUCUUUCUCUGUCUUUGAUUAGGGAAUCUAAGUUGAGAUGAAGUCCUUUAAACAGCCAAAAGAGAAGGGAGAACAAGUUCCCAUUCAAGGAAGCAUUAGUAAGAGUACCAUCGGUAGUAAGAAAUCGAGUAAGAGUCCCAGAGGGCAGCACCAAAAAAAAGCAGUUGGAAAAGACGCACUCUCCACACUCUCUAAAGUUCUACAACCUGGUGAUUGCAAUGCAGAUAAAGGCUCUGGUCUACAAACUAUUAACCAAAUGCCUCCAAAGAUCAAGCCAGCUAAUGAAAUAAUGUUGCGUUCUUCUCCAAAAAUUAAAUUACAGCUUUUCCCGAUAGAUGAAAAAUUUCGGAUUGGAUUGGAAAAGGACGGCCAUAAUCCAUUCCUGGAGUUAACUCUUAGUUCACGAAAGAAAAUAUCCUCUGUGUUAAAGCACCUUUACAAUAAAUGGGGCAGUUCAAGCAUUGCAAUAGGAGAGCUGAUGCUUUUCCCUUUCAACAUUGCAGCAGAGAGUUUGACGAGUUGUAGAAGGUGGACUUCAAGUGACAUUGGCAUUCGUGCAGGAGAUAUUCAUGCAAUGCUUGGAAAUCCAGAAAUCUUUCGCUUAAGCUAUGGCUGGGUUUCCUUUCAACCCAACACCUCUCCUUCACAUUGUACCAAGCCUGGUCAGGUAAAGAAUGUUUGUCGCCAUACCAUGGAGGAUACGUGUACUACUAGGAAUGGGGCAGAUGGAACAAGCAAGCCAUGCAAUGAGGAGGAGUUUAUUCAUAUGGCAUUUAGGCAGCCAGUUAUACCUGAACCACUGCCUCAGGUAGUUAACAAGAAUCAAGAUGAGGUGAAAAGUGAUGACUUUAUGCCGAGCAAGUCCAGCAAAAUAGAAAAUUAUAAUGCAGUUGAAGAAGACCCAUCAGCUGAACCAUUAAAACAUGAGGAGCCAAGGGUGGAUACGGGAAUGCUGUGGUCUGACUUAAGUAAUAUAAGCAUUGGAGGUCUUCUGUCUGAAGUAUCUAUGCAGGGAAGAUUGUUAUCUCAGACUACUGUGGCUGACUCACUAGAUGCUUUCAUUGAACAAUUUAAAUACCCUCAAGCUGGAACUACUAUAUCUAGUAUGCCUUCAUCUAUUCUGGAUGCGGAAAACACAUGUCAUUCAUUUGCAUUCUCAAAACAGUCAUCCUCCGGUAAAGACUUACCAACCAUUGGAAGAAGGGCCUUUUCUGGGUUAUCCGACCACAAUGCUGCUUCUGAUACAUUUAAGUCUCCCAAGUCUGAGGUCAAUGCACAAGGCUGUGCAUUAGGAAACACCAAUGUUCAGGAACCCAAAACGGAUUGUCUUCCUUUUUCAUCAGGAGUAUGUAAUAAUGAGAACAGCCUUGGUUUUUCCAGCAUUAGAUGGAAUGACUCUUUGGGGCCCUUUGACCUUCCCUUGACAUCGCGGCAGAUUAUAAAAAAUGCUAAUUAAAGCAUUGAAGGAUUUGCCAGAUAGCAAAUUUGAUCUUCUGAUGCUUCUGAAGUUGCCAAAUUACAGCAGAUGACAGUGUAAGCAUCCGGGAACUUGUCAUAUAGCAGCAUAGAUCUUCGGAUGCUUCUGGAUUUGCCUUUGGUUGGUAGUGGUUGAACAUGUGGUUUAUUAUUCAUUUCAUAUUUCAAGUACAAGUUAUAAGUAGAAGGAUUUUCUGGCUGAUAUGAAGCUGUUCUGCGUUGUUGUUUUCGCCUACAAUGCACUUAAUUAGGCGGUUUAGGAAGACAUUAAAGGCCCACAGGAAGCUUUCAGCCAUGCAUCUGGAUCUGCUGUUGUUUCUUGUGAUGGGUUGAUAGCUGUUAAUAAAAUGUGUACAGAUAGUUGGUCAUUGUCAUGUCUAGAGUUUUAUAGACAUAGCACACCUUCAUGUGGUUGUAGUUAAGUUUCUUAAUCCUUUCAUUAAUGUAAAUAUACCAGCUUAUUUCAGGGCUGGGAUCAAUUACCAUUAAAUCUAGACUUUAAUUUAUUGUUUGUUGGUUUUUGAUGGGUCAAUUUAGUUAGAGAAGAUAUUUUCCUCCAUCGUGCGUGGUGGAUUAUGAUUUA